CUCAGGUUGGUGCUGUUAGAAUCUCGUUUGAAACUAUAUUUGCAGUUCUUCUAGCAAAAUUCGAUCAUUUUUUCAAACAGUACAACAAACUAGUUUUAGAUUUGAUGAUGACCUGUGGCACAUAAAACUAAAGUAUUUAUGGAUUCAUUUGUCCAUUCAGAAAGAACGAAUGGACUACUACUUGCUAGAACAACUACUCCUUCCUAGCUAGGCCUGGAACCAUUUUUUUCGCAUUUGCUUUUGAGUGCAUGAACUCCCCCCCCUCCCCCCCACAACCCAGGAAAAUAAAAUAAGGGACCAGAGGCGGAGGGAGUAUUAACAAUUAUGGAAUUUAAUUAGAAACUCGCCUUUUGUUGCACAAAGAUGUAUGAUUUUUUUCUAUUUCAGCUUGAAGAAAUUUCAAUGUCAAUUCUUGACAAAACUGCUCCUUGCUUUCUUUUACUAGCUUUUCAGUCCCAUUGGAUCUGGAAAAUAUAUUAUUUUAAGAAUAUUUAUACUGCAAUUAAAGUUGCAUAUACAUACUUUUAGAUUCCAGGUGCAAUUUGACCGAAUAAAUUUGACCAAAUCAAUCGAUUGUUUGUUUAACCUCAGGUUGGUGCUGUUAGAAUCUCGUUUGAAACUAUAUUUGCAGUUCUUCUAGCAAAAUUCGAUCAUUUUUUUCAAACAGUACAACAAACUAGUUUUAGAUUUGAUGAUGACCUGUGGCACAUAAAACUAAAGUAUUUAUGGAUUCAUUUGUCCAUUCAGAAAGAACGAAUGGACUACUACUUGCUAGAACAACUACUCCUUCCUAGCUAGGCCUGGAACCAUUUUUUUCGCAUUUGCUUUUGAGUGCAUGAACUCCCCCCCCUCCCCCCCACAACCCAGGAAAAUAAAAUAAGGGACCAGAGGCGGAGGGAGUAUUAACAAUUAUGGAAUUUAAUUAGAAACUCGCCUUUUGUUGCACAAAGAUGUAUGAUUUUUUUCUAUUUCAGCUUGAAGAAAUUUCAAUGUCAAUUCUUGACAAAACUGCUCCUUGCUUUCUUUUACUAGCUUUUCAGUCCCAUUGGAUCUGGAAAAUAUAUUAUUUUAAGAAUAUUUAUACUGCAAUUAAAGUUGCAUAUACAUACUUUUAGAUUCCAGGUGCAAUUUGACCGAAUAAAUUUGACCAAAUCAAUCGAUUGUUUGUUUAACCUCAGGUUGGUGCUGUUAGAAUCUCGUUUGAAACUAUAUUUGCAGUUCUUCUAGCAAAAUUCGAUCAUUUUUUCAAACAGUACAACAAACUAGUUUUAGAUUUGAUGAUGACCUGUGGCACAUAAAACUAAAGUAUUUAUGGAUUCAUUUGUCCAUUCAGAAAGAACGAAUGGACUACUACUUGCUAGAACAACUACUCCUUCCUAGCUAGGCCUGGAACCAUUUUUUUCGCAUUUGCUUUUGAGUGCAUGAACUCCCCCCCCCUCCCCCCCACAACCCAGGAAAAUAAAAUAAGGGACCAGAGGCGGAGGGAGUAUUAACAAUUAUGGAAUUUAAUUAGAAACUCGCCUUUUGUUGCACAAAGAUGUAUGAUUUUUUUCUAUUUCAGCUUGAAGAAAUUUCAAUGUCAAUUCUUGACAAAACUGCUCCUUGCUUUCUUUUACUAGCUUUUCAGUCCCAUUGGAUCUGGAAAAUAUAUUAUUUUAAGAAUAUUUAUACUGCAAUUAAAGUUGCAUAUACAUACUUUUAGAUUCCAGGUGCAAUUUGACCGAAUAAAUUUGACCAAAUCAAUCGAUUGUUUGUUUAACCUCAGGUUGGUGCUGUUAGAAUCUCGUUUGAAACUAUAUUUGCAGUUCUUCUAGCAAAAUUCGAUCAUUUUUUCAAACAGUACAACAAACUAGUUUUAGAUUUGAUGAUGACCUGUGGCGCAUAAAACUAAAGUAUUUAUGGAUUCAUUUGUCCAUUCAGAAAGAACCUUCAUUUUGAGAAUUGCAAUCUCUUUGCAUCCGCUUUGAGAACCGAAUUUUUGAUGUUUAGUACGCUUUGUUAAGAGGUAAACAAAUUCUCCCUUUAUUUUUAUUGAAAUCACGAAAUUUUGAAAUUUUAAACGAAAUUCUGAGAGUUUCAAGAGUUAAAUGCUCAACCACUGCUUGAAUUUUAUUUUUUGUUUCAAUUAUUUGACAGAAAUUAAUAUUAUUAACGGAAAAAAGAAAUAUCACAAAAACACCCUUUUCGAAAUUUUGUUUUACAAUCCCCCUCCCUCCUACGCAAAAUUAUUUGACUUUUCACAAAUAAAAUGGACCCUGUGAAAAAUCCUGGUCUGACCCCUGUUCAAUAGCCAAUGCAUGUUCGCAAAUGUCAGGUGCCCACCAAGGACAGGAUGGCGGGGGAUCAUCAGAUUGCACCAUUGAAACUUUUAGGGGGAGGUAACUUAAGAUUUUGGUCUCAGUUUGGAGCGGCGGGAGGUCUCGUUCUUGAGAGGGGAGUGCUUCAAAUAAUUUAGGGAAGUGUGCCAUCGUCUUUAGAAAAUGGGAGGGGGGGGAGCAUCUCCUGCCUCCAAUUCCAAAAAUAUUUAUUUAAAAAACACUAUUUUUUUAUUGAAACCACAUGCAAAAUUUUGCAGACAGAUUAGGAAGUUCUAAAAGCUUGUCGCAGACAGCUGCAAAACUUUCUGCUACUGGGUUAUAUAGUAUAGUGUGCUAUCAUCCACCUGGCAGGAUCUUGUGAGUUUAUUCCAGAGUUAACUAUUUCAUCUCUAGAUGUAUUGCAAGGUGCAUUUGUCAAUAAAUUGUAGCAAAAACAAACAUUACUAUUGCAGUAGUUUAUGUACAUAUGAUUAUGACCAAAAUCCCCACCCAGAUAAUAAUUUCUGGCAUUGCUACAGAUCAUAGGCUACUUUGAAACUUAUCUAACAAAAAUGUAUUAACUUUUGAUUCAUUAGCAUGUGUAUCAACUCUAAUUUUGUGCAUAAAAUAAUUAAGUUCCUUUCUUCAUUUAUGCCGAGUGACUAAAGCCUUUAGGACAAAGGAGAUGACAAAAUACAAGUUACUAAUAAAAGCAAUGAAUGACCUAGAUUUCCGAAGGAUAAGAAGUUAAAAGCAUUAUGGACAUAUGUUUAGAUCCAAUGGGACUGAAAAGCUAGUAAAAGAAAGCAAGGAGCAGUUUUGUCAAGAAUUGACAUUGAAAUUUCUUCAAGUUGAAAUAGAAAAAAAUCAUACAUCUUUGUGCAACAAAAGAUCCAAUGGGACUGAAAAGCUAGUGAAAGAAAGCAAGGAGCAGUUUUGUCAAGAAUUGACAUUGAAAUUUCUUCAAGCUGAAAUAGAAAAAAAUCAUACAUCUUUGUGCAACAAAAGAUCCAAUGGGACUGAAAAGCUAGUAAAAGAAAGCAAGGAGCAGUUUUGUCAAGAAUUGACAUUGAAAUUUCUUCAAGCUGAAAUAGAAAAAAAUCAUACAUCUUUAUGCAACAAAAGAUCCAAUGGGACUGAAAAGCUAGUAAAAGAAAGCAAGGAGCAGUUUUGUCAAGAAUUGACAUUGAAAUUUCUUCAAGCUGAAAUAGAAAAAAAUCAUACAUCUUUAUGCAACAAAAGAUCCAAUGGGACUGAAAAGCUAGUAAAAGAAAGCAAGGAGCAGUUUUGUCAAGAAUUGACAUUGAAAUUUCUUCAAGCUGAAAUAGAAAAAAAUCAUACAUCUUUAUGCAACAAAAGAUCCAAUGGGACUGAAAAGCUAGUAAAAGAAAGCAAGGAGCAGUUUUGUCAAGAAUUGACAUUGAAAUUUCUUCAAGCUGAAAUAGAAAAAAAUCAUACAUCUUUAUGCAACAAAAGAUCCAAUGGGACUGAAAAGCUAGUAAAAGAAAGCAAGGAGCAGUUUUGUCAAGAAUUGACAUUGAAAUUUCUUCAAGCUGAAAUAGAAAAAAAUCAUACAUCUUUGUGCAACAAAAGCGGAAUCUUGCAAGCAGAAGUGGCGAUAUUUGAGGGACUACUAUACUAGAUGGAGAAAAAAACUAACUGGUUCUGCUGCAACUUAUAAAACCCAGAAAAAAAGCCAGAGGAUGGAAGCACUUUCCUUUUUGGGGAAUACAUUGUGCAUAGAGAGACCGACACUCACAAAUGUAGAGUUAGUUCUGCCAGAUUAAGAUGAAGAUCCUAGCCGUGACAUUACCGAAUCAUCGCAAGAUGAAAUUUGUAUUCGAACGGAAGAAAUUUUAGUAGUGGAGCCUAAAAGUGAUGAAGAAAUGGCUCCUUACAAAAAAAAGGAAGAAAGCUGAAAGUCUGGCUCCUAGCUGCAGUAAAAAAUUGACUGCACAGAAAAGAGUUCUGAAGGAACUAAAAGAAAAUAGCCUAGAGAGAACAAAAUGUAUCAAUUCUCUCCUGAGCGAACAAAAUGAAAAG